CCUGUUGCAUUCACUGCACUUGCCUCCACACUGCUGUUGAGCAGACCUCUGCUCUCUUCUCUGUCUCCGUCCGACCCGACUACUGCCUAAGAUAUGGCCAACACCUUACGACCGUAUCUCAAUGCGAUACGUGGGACCUUGGAUGCGGCACUGUGUCUCCGCAACUUCCCUUCCCAAACUGUGGAAAGGCACAACAAGCCAGAGGUUGAAACAAGGUCGAGCAAAGAACUUCUUCUCAACCCGGUGACGAUUUGCCGGAAUGAACAAGAGAAAUGCCUCAUCGAAACAAGCGUCAACAGCGUGCGAGUUAGCAUUGCUGUUAAGCAAGCUGACGAGAUCGAGACGAUUCUGUGCCACAAGUUCACGAGCUUCUUGAUGCAGCGUGCGGAGCAAUUUGUGGUGAUGCGACGAAAGCCUGCCGAGGGAUUCGACAUCAGCUUCCUCGUGACUCACUCGCACCUGGAGAAGCUGUGGAAGCAUAAGCUGAUCGAUUUCAUCAUCCAGUUCAUGGAAGACAUCGACAAGGAGAUCAGUGGCAUGAAAAUCGCCAUCAACGCGAGGGGAAGAAUAAUUGCACAGCAGUUCAUGCUUCAGUUUGUGCAGUGACAUGAGCGUCUUUCGUGCCUCUUGGUUCGAAAUACCGUUUAGUCGGGAUUCACCGGCAAGAAUGUUUUUUUAUGCGUUUGCCCCAAUAAGCGGAAGAGCGUUUUGCAGAUAAUUGGCAGCCCUGGGCUCUCAUGUGUCGAUGUUUGCACAAACCCGUGCACUGUCUCUACUGCGUUGGCGAGUUGCCGACGCAGGUCGUGUAUGGUU